UGCAAGGGAUUGUCGUUGAGUCUUUGGAAUUAUCUGAGCGUUCCUGUUGAAGCCGGCAACACUCCCGCCACUCUCAGCAACAUACUGGAAUAUCCACAAGCAUAUCUCCGCUUGGAACUUGGCAUCGUUCGAAUCGUCUCUCUAACCCAAUGCGCUUCAUAUAUUAAGGUUUCCAGCAAAUCCCAUUGGGUCACAAGUCUCUAUCUUUUUACAUGUCCUUGACUUCCACUGAUAAAAAGCGAUCAAGGUUUCCACUCUUUAGUUCGCAUACAGAUCAACACCCAGAUAGGGAAAGGAGUUGUAUAGCCUUAUUAUCCAAUACACAUUUGUGGGUUCCGCCGGAAUAAUAAUCUCCAUGGAUAGCCCUUCGUCGCCGUCUAACGUUGUUAUCGCAUUGGAUGCGACUAAGGAUCGCAGUCAAACUGAGCUUGAGCACACCAUUGAAGGCGUGCGAACGGCGGGUUGCAUUCUCCGUGGAGGAGACACGCUUGUCGUGCUCGGAGUCCUCCAUAAGGUCCUACACCCCUUGGGUUACCAACUCAGAGCAUUGCCUGAUUCUUUAACUGGAACGAGUAAUCGUUCAAUGGAGGAAGAAGUUUUAAAGAAAGUUGAUUUGUAUAUAAAUAUGCUCAAGAGAAGUGCUGGAAAGUGUGACGAUCAAGGGGUCCGGAUUGAAGUCAAAAUUACAGCUGGUUUUCCCAUUAAACAGGUUAUUUUACAAGAGGUAGCAGCCUGUAAAGCAAGUUGGGUUGUACUUGACAGGCACCUUAGACGGGAUUUAAGGUUUUACCUUAAACAGAUAUCUUCCAAGGUUGCAUUAAUACAAGAUAGCUUCAGUGCAGAAAUAUGGAGACCUCAUAGUACUAGUGAUACGGAUGAUAUAGAACACAGGCUGUUCUAUUCCAUGACCAAGGCUGUUACACUAUCAAAUGCUCCAGGUAGUGAAAACAUGGAGCAUGCUUCUCAAAUUGUCCAAAAGCAACCUAAACAGGUCUUCCAACAACAAUCCUUGGAGGCACCUAUUCUUUGUGCUCAUUGUGGGACAAGGACUGACUUGUAUGUCAAGGAUUCUAUGAGAUUUAUUUUUUCAGAGAUACAGAAUGCAACAGAUGGUUUUUCAGAGGAGAACUUAAUAGGAGAAGGCGGAUACGGACGUGUGUAUAAGGGUCAACUUAAAGAUGGACAGCUCAUUGCAGCAAAGGUACGUAAAGAAGCAAGCACACAAGGGUUUGCUGAAUUUCAUUCUGAGGUAUAUGUCUUAAAUUUUGCACGGCACAAGAACAUUGUGAUGCUGCUGGGUUACUGUUGCAAGGAAAACCAAAAUAUUUUGGUGUACGAGUAUAUCUGCAACAAGUCUCUUGAUUGGCACUUGUUCAAUAAAGAUGCAACUGUUCUUGAGUGGCACGAAAGAGUUGCUAUUGCCAUUGGAACUGCGAAAGGAUUGCGUUUUCUUCAUGAAGAAUGCCGUGGAGGUCCUAUUAUUCAUAGGGACAUGCGACCAAGCAAUAUACUACUCACACACGAGUUUGUUCCCAUGCUAGGUGACUUUGGCCUUGCCAAAUGGAAAACAAGCGAUGAUCCUGUAUAUACACGGAUACUUGGAACAUUAGGAUACCUUGCUCCAGAGUAUGCAGAGGAUGGUAUUGUUUCUGUACGAACAGAUGUCUAUGCAUUUGGCAUUGUUUUGUUACAACUGAUAUCAGGACGCAAGGUGAUUGAUGCAAAUGCAGAAGAGCAACAACAAUCUUUGCGACAAUGGGCAGAACCAUUGAUUGAGAGGCUUGCAUUACAUGAGCUCAUUGAUCGUCGUCUAGGGGACGUGUAUGACACAUACGAGUUGUAUAUCAUGGCUAAGACUGCGUACUUAUGUGUGCAAAGAAGCUCUGAAAUGCGGCCAUCCAUGGGAGAGGUUGUACGCCUUCUUGAAGCAGACAAUGACCAUUUCCACCACUUAACAGAGCAAUUUGUACCUCAUUAUACAAAUAAAGAAAGAGGAACUGACAAGUCAAUAUGAAGAACACACCUUCCACACCAUUGAUAUGGCAAGAUUUGAUUUGCAAGAGAAGUUUAAAAACUUGCUCUUACAAAUUAAAUCUUGCCAUGUCAGUUGAGUGGAGGGUGUGUCCUCUACAUUGUCUUGCAAAUAUAAUUUUUCUUACCAUUUUCUAUUCACUGGUCACUGUUUUGGUUUCUAUAGGUAUUGGACAAAGGAGACAUCCACUCAUGUUUAUCUUGAUUUACAUUUUAAACAUAGCAAAGCAUGGCUUGACACAAAUAGUAAGUUUGUCU